ACAAAAUGAUGGAUCGAGGCGGGGUGAGACAGUAAGGGAAGAAAGUGAAGUGACGGCGAUUGUGCAAUCGGUGACGGCGCAGUUAUUAGCAGACAAUUAGCUGGACAAUAUGAUUAAAAUGAGAUUAAGGUGUCAAACGUUAGUGGUGUUAUGCUACGUGGUGAUAGCGGCAGCUGACCGCAGGAACGACUUGGCAAGACUGCUAUCGUUGAGUGCAUCGAAUGGAGAUCGUCCAGCGGGCAAUAUGAACGCGUCUGAUGUACCAUCCAGCUAUUACGCAUCAGCAAGAACGUCGAGAAGUCCUCCUGAGUUUCAGAAGUAUGCAUUCCGACCGCGCACCAUCAACACAGAACAGAAAGAAAAAGCUGUGUACUACGCGAAGGACAAUAUGAAUUUGAACAACUACAAAUCUGAAAUACUUUUCCCUGGUAAUUAUUUCGCAAUUGCCAAAGAGAAAAGUAGUGAGGAUCUUGCCAAUGAUGCUGCAGUUUCAGGUCGAUUUCAACCGCAAGCGAUACCUCUGAUGAGGGACCCCGGAUUCGAAGCCAGGUCAUUGGACGAUGAUGAUGAAGAGGAUGAGAAACCAGAAGAAUUCUCUGCGCUGGCUGCGACGAGAAGAUCGUUGUCAUACAUCUUCGGUGGUGGUGAAGCAGAAGCCGAGGAAGACGAGGAAGAAGAGGAAAUCGAAGACGAAGACCAACUAGACGGCGAGUUCAAAGGAAAGAACAAGAAGAAAAAAAGCAAACUGAAGUAUAAGAAGAAAUACUCGAAGUACAUGAUGCCCCUACUGAUGGCGUACAAACUGAAGUACCUGGCUAUAGUGCCAGUCAUGAUCGGUGGUCUGGUCCUAUUAGUAGGGGCAACCGGCUUAGCUGGUUUCUUCUUUGCGUUGUUCGCAGCGACAAUGGCCCUACAAAAGGGCGGAUACUAAUAUAGAAUAAUAAAGUCGACGUUCUCGAUGCCAUCUUUAUGUUAACAAAUCAAUACUGUGACCGCUGUUUUUCCCAACUGUUUGUCGUCUAUUUUCCCGUUUUUGGUAGUAAUGAAUCGUAUCUGUCUUGAUACCUUUUCCAUUGCAUUAAGAUAUUUGAUGUCGUUAUUAUCCCUGUCUCUGUUUUCAAUAUGCAAGCGAUUGUAUCGCGAUUGUAAAUAAUUUUGUUAAGGCGUAAUUUAAGUUAUUUAUUGAAUAAUUUUUAUAACUUUGUAUUAUUGCGUAUUAGUUUAUUUAUGUAGUUACCAUUAAAUAUUGUUCACUGA